GCACACAUUAGUCAUACAAUGGGACAAACAAAAAUUAAAACCGGUUCGACACGAUAUGCCAAACUGUGUAGAAACCGUCAGCAGAAACUAUACAAUAACUGCCGAAACGAAAUCAAUAUCAACACCAUAAAACCAAAUUCAGUGGGUUUUAAAAUAUCAAAAUCUCAUUCCAUAUGGCAAAAAUAUCUAUUUGAGUCUUAGAAACGAUCAAAUUGAUAAAUGAAGUGAAAAAAAGAAGAAACUGUGUUAUUUCGCUAUGAUUCCUUCUUUCAUUUUAUAAUCAGAAAUUUCUAUAUUUUUGUACCUCUGAUCAUAGUUUGGACCUGUCUAGUCACAUCGUAUUAACUAAUGCAUCCAUCAAACCUAAAGUCUAACAAGGGAUUUUAUUUAAAAGACGGACGAUCUUUAACAACUUUUGUAGAUAAAGAAAGAGUGGAUAAAAUUCAUGAAAUUGAUUCAACCGAUUCUUAUAAUACGGCAGCCAUUUCCGGGAAGGAAAAACGCAAUGUUACCGGAGUGUUCCAUUGGGAACGAGAAGAUGUGUUGAUGCUUAUUCGACUUCAUUCUGAGAAAGAACCAAUUUUCAAUAAACCAGGAAUCAAGAAGAAAGAUGUCUGGGCAAUGAUUGCAGAUGAAUUCCAGGCGAAAGGUUUCAAUGUGACCAGUGGUCAGUGUGAACAGAAAUGGAAGAACAUCACUAAAAACUACAGAGACACAGUUGACCAUAAUUAUUUCAGUAACAUACACAAAACAUGUCCCUACUUUAAAGAAUUGGCAGCAAUCUACCCUUAUGACCCGAAAGAUAAACAAAAUAAUUUUAUUUCUUAUCUCAAUCAUAUGUCCAACUCUGUUUCUCAACCUCAAACUGUGUCCAGAGAUUUACAGAACGGUCUUUCUGCCAUUCCAUCAACUAAUACUGUAACCACAUCAGUCAACAAUUCAAAUAAUGGAUAUUUCUGUGAUUUACCAACAAAUAUUUGUGUUUCGGACAAUCAAAAUGCUUCUUCAGAACAUUUGGUGCAAACCUCAAUUAAGCAGGAAGUUUUAGAUUCGGUUGAGUUGCAGCCCCCCGCAUGUUCCUUGAUGUCCCCUUCUCCAUUAACAGCAUCAAAUCAACAACCCAACAUUUCCACUUCUCAAUCUCAUUCCAAUCAACAGAUUACAAACUUUACCCCAACUUCGUCUUUACCAUUAGUGUCUUCAUUUGUAAAUGAAGAACCGGUGCCUAGUCUCUCAUCAAUUAUUCUGCAAUAUUCACCUCAACCAUUAAAUAAUGAAUAUAUUCGCCUUCCGUCUCAAGAACCACAGACUUGUAACAUGAGACAUCAACAAGAAGUAAGAGAGAACUCGAACAAUUCUUUGCAUGUUCUCAAAACCCCUGCUCAAUCCCAAUUGUCCAGUGUACCAAAUGUAUCCACAAAUUCUUCCCAGGUUCGUAAACGGUUCCAUGAUAACAACUUGACUCUAUCAAAUUCUUCAGCAGCCAAUAAUAAUCAGGAUUAUUAUUCUCAAAGACGGAAGUGUCUUCGUCGCUCUAGCUUUACACCAAACAAUACCCUGGAUAUGUUAAAACAAAUGAAUGAAGAACGGCGGCGAGAACACAAAGAAUUGAUAUCAACAUUAAAACAACAUCACAGAGAAUAUCUGAAGCAGGAAGAAAUGAACCAAUCCCUCCUCUCGGCGCUUAUUGGACACGUUUCCAAACAAUAAGCAAUAUGACUGGUUGGGGUCAAUUUCAGUCACUUUAUCAAAACCUUCCGGUCAUCGACCCAAGAGUUUCACUAUUAUAUCUGUAAACAAAAAACUGU